AUGGUCUCCUUCAUUUAUGGGCGUGCUAAAUCUACAACAAGUAGGUGCUUCCAUAGAGUUCUUCGCGCGGUUGUAGCACUAGAAAGUUACUACAUUCAACAACCUAAAGGUGAUGUGGUCCCGAAAGAAAUUCAAGAGAAAAAGAGAUUUUAUCCCUACUUCAAGAAUUGUGUAGGGGCAAUUGACGGGACACAUGUUCGUGUAAAAGUACCCAAUAGAGAUGCCCCUAGAUAUCGUGGUCGCAAGGGUUACCCUAACAUAAAUGUCUUAGCCGCAUGUUCAUUUGAUUUGAAGUUUACGUACGUUUUAACUGACUGGGAGGGCACUGCCUCAGACUCAAGGAUAGUGAAAGAUGCACUUAAAAGAGACGAUAAACUACUAAUUCCUAGGGGCCGAUAUUGUUUGGUAGACGUUGGUUUGCCUCAUACCAUUGAACUAAUGACACCAUAUAGAGGUGUCAGGUAUCAUUUGAAAGAGUGUUCUGCUCACCCCCCAGUGAAUGCAAAAGAGUUGUUCAAUCUUAGACAUGCUUCUUUACGUAACGCAAUAGAACGGUCGUUUGGUGUUUUAAAAAGAAGGUUCCCAAUCACGAGGAUCAUGAUAAAAAAACUUGAACAUGAAGUCUUACAAGAGGUGUUGGAUGAACAACCACAACAAGUGAGACAUGAUGUUAAUAACGGAAGUGUGCUUAGUGAUGGGGCUGAGGAAUUCAGGAACACUAUUACAACUCAAAUGUGGAAUGAUUACUUGUUGAAACCAAACAAUGAAAUAGAUAUAGCAAUCAUGAACAAAAGGGCAGCGGAUGGAAGUGUUGUGAAAAAAGAAAAUUUGACAUCGACAGAUCAUAUGGAUAAUGCUCUAGUUGAAGCUCUUGUAAAGGAAGAUGAUAUAGGUAAACGGGUGAAUGGUACAUUCACUUCGCAAGCAUAUGCGAACAUGAUUGCAGGGUUGAGUAAAGAGUUUAAUAAGUCUAUUACAAAAGAUCAACUUAAAAACAGAAUGAAAACUUUAAAAGGUAAUUUUAGUAAAUGGUAUGAUAUGUAUCGGGAUACUUUGUUGAGUGGGUUCUCAUGGAAUUCUCAAACAAAACACAUUGAAGCAGAGGAGGAAGUAUGGGAAAAAUUAAUUAAAACGAACCUUGAAGUAGCUGCAUUCAGGACCAAAAAGUUUUCAAAUUACAGUCAGUUGGAGAUGUUAUUUUCAGAUGAUAGAGCAUUGGGAUCAAAAGCGGAAACAACAAAAGAAAAAAACGUCCGGUUAAGCAAAUCCAAAGAAAUUAAAAUAGAAAAAAUUGCUGAUGUGGAAAAACUAAUGGCAAAUAAGGAGGUAAGUUUGGAGAACGUACACAAAGAUGAUGAUGAGGACAUUCAAAUAGUGUCAGCAACAUAUGUUUCACCUGAUGGGAGUUCAAAAGCAAAGAAGCUGAAGAGUAAAAAAAGAAAACUAGAAAGCAAACUUCAAGAUGAAGAUGAAGUAGUAGCUGAAACUGAACCUGAACCUGAACCUGAACCUCAACCAGAAUCUUUUGAACACAAUAUUGUGCAAACAUUUAAAGAAAUCGUUGAUGUUAUGAGGGAAGGGAACAAAUCUCGUGACUAUACAGGUGAGGAAAUCGAGAAAGAGUUAGAGUUGAUGGGUUUGGAUGACAAUGAAUUUGCAGAUGCUUUCAUAUAUUUAUCGCGUAUUCAAGCCAUUGCUAGGACAAUUUUUAGUUCUUCAAUGAAGAUGAGGAAGAUCUUUUUAAGAAAGAUGAUGAGUGAAGCUAAAAAGUGA